AUGGUGCGCCUGGCGGCCGAGCUCCUGCUGCUGCUGGGGUUGCUGCUGCUCACACUGCACAUCACGGUGCUGCGCGGCUCCGGAGCUGCCGAAGGGUCAGACGCGGCCGCAGGCAACGCCAGUCAAGGCGAGCUGCAGAAUAACCUCAACGUGGAAAGUGACUCCACAUCAGAAACCAGCUUUUCUCUCUCCAAGGAAGCACCAGGAGAGCAUCCAGAACACCAGGCUAAGCACCAGCCCUUCCCCAGACAGCGCUUCCAAGAGACUGGGCAUCCUUCCCUGCAAAGAGAUGGCCCCAGAUCCUUUCUCCUGGAUCUACCAAACUUUCCAGAUCUUUCCAAAGUGGAUAUCAAUGGACAGAAUCCAAAUAUCCAGGUCACCAUAGAGGUGGUCGAUGGUCCUGACUCUGAAGCAGAUAAAGAUCAGCAUCCGGAGAAUAAGCCCAGCUGGUCAGUGCCAGCCCCUGACUGGCGGGCCUGGUGGCAGAGGUCCUUGGCCUUGGCCAGGGCAAACAGCGGGGACCAAGACUACAAGUACGACAGUACCUCAGAUGACAGCAACUCCCUCAACCCCCCCAGGGGAUGGGACCAUCCGGCCCCAGGCCACCGGACUUUUGAAACCAAAGAGCAGCCAGAAUAUGAUUCCACAGACGGUGAAGGUGACUGGAGUCUCUGGUCUGUCUGCAGUGUCACCUGCGGGAAUGGCAACCAGAAACGGACCCGGUCUUGUGGCUAUGCCUGCACUGCGACAGAAUCAAGGACCUGUGACCGUCCAAACUGCCCAGGAAUUGAAGACACUUUCAGGACAGCUGCCACGGAAGUAAGUCUGCUUGCGGGAAGUGAGGAGUUUAAUGCCACCAAACUGUUUGAAGUUGACAUGGACAGCUGUGAGCGGUGGAUGAGCUGCAAAAGUGAGUUCUUGAAGAAGUACAUGCACAAGGUGAUCAACGACCUGCCCAGCUGCCCUUGCUCCUACCCCACCGAGGUGGCCUACAGCACGGCUGAUGUCUUCGACCGCAUCAAGCGCAAGGACUUCCGCUGGAAGGACGCCAGCGGGCCCAAGGAGAAGCUGGAGAUCUACAAGCCCACGGCCAGGUACUGCAUCCGCUCCAUGCUGUCCCUGGAGAGCACCACGCUGGCCGCCCAGCACUGUUGCUACGGUGACAACAUGCAGCUCAUCACCAGGGGCAAAGGGGCAGGGACACCCAACCUCAUCAGCACCGAGUUCUCUGCCGAGCUGCACUACAAAGUGGACGUGCUGCCCUGGAUCAUCUGCAAGGGCGACUGGAGCAGGUACAACGAGGCCCGGCCGCCUAACAACGGGCAGAAGUGCACAGAGAGCCCUUCGGACGAGGACUACAUCAAGCAGUUCCAGGAGGCCAGGGAGUACUGAGCGCCUGGAGCAGGUGGAGUGACGCGCCACCUUGGCUUCCGCGACACAAACGUGCUGCACUGA